AUGCGGCGGAAGCAGAAGCGGCUGCUGCAGGCGGUGGGGCUGGCUCUGGCCGCCCUGGUGUUCUUGCCCAACGUGGGGCUGUGGUCCCUGUACCGCGAGCGGCAGCUGGAGGGCGGCGCGGCCGGCGGGGACGGGGCGGCCGGCGGGGCAGCGGCGGGCGAGGCGCCGGCAUCAUACAUGAGGCAAAAGAAAGAUGCUUACUUUGCUGAUGGACAGAGAAAAAAGGACUGGCAUAACAACGAAGCUAUAAGGAGGGACUCUGAGCGUGUAGGAAAUGGAGAACAGGGAAAACCUUACCCAAUGACUGAUGCAGAGCGAGUGGACCAGGCAUACAGGGAAAAUGGCUUUAAUAUCUUUGUGAGUGAUAAGAUUUCCCUGAAUCGUUCCCUUCCAGACAUCAGACACCCAAACUGCAAAAAUAAGCUGUACCUGGAGAAGCUUCCGAACACGAGUGUGAUAAUUCCGUUCCACAACGAAGGAUGGUCCUCUCUGCUCCGGACAGUGCACAGUGUCCUCAACCGCUCCCCUCCUGAGCUGAUAGCAGAGGUAGUGCUGGUGGAUGACUUCAGUGACAGAGAACACCUGAAGAAACGCCUGGAGGAUUAUAUGGCCCAGUUCCCAAAUGUACGAAUCCUCCGAACCAAAAAGAGGGAAGGGCUGAUCAGGACUCGCAUGCUGGGGGCCUCUGUGGCCAUAGGGGACGUCAUCACCUUCCUGGAUUCCCACUGCGAGGCCAACGUGAACUGGCUGCCACCCCUGUUAGAUCGCAUUGCCCGAAACCGCAAGACUAUCGUUUGCCCUAUGAUUGAUGUUAUUGAUCAUGACCACUUUGGAUACGAGACUCAGGCUGGAGAUGCAAUGCGAGGGGCAUUUGACUGGGAGAUGUACUACAAGAGGAUCCCUAUUCCUCCUGAGUUACAGAAACCUGAUCCCAGUGAUCCCUUUGAGUCUCCUGUAAUGGCUGGAGGACUGUUUGCAGUCGAUAGAAAGUGGUUCUGGGAGCUGGGAGGGUAUGAUGCAGGUCUGGAGAUAUGGGGAGGAGAGCAGUAUGAAAUAUCCUUUAAGGUAUGGAUGUGUGGAGGUCGCAUGGAGGACAUCCCUUGCUCUAGGGUUGGUCAUAUCUACAGGAAAUAUGUUCCAUACAAGGUUCCCACAGGAGUUAGCCUGGCAAGAAACCUGAAGCGGGUGGCUGAGGUGUGGAUGGAUGAGUACGCCGAGUACAUUUACCAGCGCAGACCAGAGUACCGGCACCUCUCCGCGGGGGACGUCGCGGCCCAGAAGGAGCUUCGCAACAACCUCAACUGCAAAAGCUUCAAGUGGUUCAUGAGCGAGGUCGCCUGGGACUUGCCAAAGUUCUACCCACCGGUGGAGCCUCCAGCAGCCGCCUGGGGAGAGAUACGCAAUGUAGGAACUGGACUGUGUGUGGAUACUAAGCAUGGAGCCCUGGGAUCCCCACUGAGGCUGGAAAACUGCGUGAAGGACAGAGGAGAAGCAGCAUGGAACAACGUGCAGGUGUUCACCUUCAGCUGGAGAGAGGACAUCCGUCCCGGGGAUCCUCAGCACACCAAGAAGUUUUGUUUCGAUGCCAUUUCCCACAGCAGCCCUGUGACCCUCUAUGACUGUCAUGGAAUGAAGGGGAACCAGCUCUGGAGAUACCGAAAAGACAAGACUCUCUACCAUCCAGUCAGCAGCAGCUGUAUGGACUGCAGUGAGAGUGAUCGAAAAAUCUUUAUGAAUAGCUGCAAUCCUUCAUCUCCAACACAGCAGUGGAUAUUUGAACACACAAACUCAACCAUCCUGGAAAAAUUUAACAGAAAUCUUGAUCUUUAAAAGACUGAGAAAAUAUAUAUAUAUAUUUUACAAUUAUAGUUUUUACUGGGGAGGGUUACAAAAAAUUUUUUUAAGAAUACUUUUUUUUAAACAUUUAAUGAAGGUAAAAGGGAGAAUCUCAGGAGAAGGUUAACGAGCAGGCCAGUCUUUAUUGUGAAGAUGCUGCAUCCUUCUCUUCUGGGGAUGGUGGAAUUUUAAAGGCUUUGCCAGAGCCAAUUCUGUGCUGAGACUGAACAGAAACUCUGUUUUUAGAGGAGUCUGAAUGUGAUUCAAAUGGAUUUUUUUUCCUUUGUUUUGUUUUAUUUCCCACCUGGGUCUUGUGUUAAAUGAUUUUGUUAUCCAGGACCCUCCAGGACUUUUUGUAGCUGCUAUACCACCUGCUGAAGUGUUCCCACAGCUUUAUCUUCCAAACGCCAUAUAAGUAAAAUCCUGAUACAGGAUUUAAGCCUCCUAUGAAAAAAAAAAAGAAAAAGCCCAUCAGUGGAAAAUGAAAUGCAUAUUUUUUUGCCCUGGACCAAGUAUAUUUCAAACAGGUUGACAUUAUUAUUUUCCAAAUCAUAGCUCUGAUGAAGGAAUGAACUCUAGUGGAAGUGCAGCCAAGUGUUGGGAAUAUGGCUGUAGUUAUUAGCAAUGAGAAAUCUGUGUUUCUGGUCCAUUCACUUUGCAGUCAGUUUGUCACUCACUGUUGAAUCUUCAAGGUGAAAGAUUAGUGGAGGGUUUUUUAAGUAAGCACAGUUCUUACAGGUGAGGACUUUUGCUAAGAGCCUUUGGAUAUCAGGUUCCAAAUUUGCUUCUUAUUCAUAAUCCUUUUAGCACAGACACCUCCAGGGUUUCUCAGAGUUAAAUCUACUACGUGCAGGCAACUUCCAUUCACAGUUGGUGUGAGCAGAUUAAUCCAGGAUAACCAAUUCAGGGCUCAGAUUAACGAUUGGUCUUUAUCCAUUUGUUCAUCAGUCUGUAAUUUGUUGAGUCCUGUGGUCAGUAGUGUUCUAGGCUUGUGGGAAUGUGCUGUUAAUCUCUCCUCAUGUCCCAACAUCCACAGCGCUGUACAGUUUACUGUGACUGGAGAUCUGUUUGCUUAUGCAGAGAUGUGGGAUUGAUGGACCCAUUUUACUGGUACCCUCUCCCUUGUGCAGUCAGUGAGCAGUACAAGGUGUUAAUCCUUCUGUUUUGGCUGUGGGAUCUGCCAGACCAUGAACCAGGAUGGUCUCAUCCUAGAAGCUGGAAUGUACUGAUACUAAAAGAUGAAUGCAAGCUAGGGCACAACUGUCUGCCCCUUGAACUCUCUAUUGUGAUGUGCUGACAAUGGAUCAAAAUCAUCUCCCCCUCUCUCAUCCUCACAGCUGAGGCCAUGUCUAGCCUCUUUUGCCAUCUUACCUGGUCCAUGCAGUCAUGGAGCAUGGGAAACAUUGGGUGCUGCACUGCAGCUGGGACCAGGCUGCCAAAAUGUGUUGGUGUCUAAUGUUUUGAGAGUGAAGAAAAGAAAAAAAGCUCUAGGUUUUCCUUGUGACAGUUCUGCAGCAGUAUUGUAUGGAAGUGAGACCAGCAUCAAGCAGAGUUGACAUCUUAUGUUCUCAGUUACUACAAUAUGUCUGUCAUUAGGAUCCCUUUUCAUUUCUGUGGGAGACAGAGUCACCUUCCAGCGCUUUGUGUCUGGCUGCUGCUUUCCUUAAGUUAUUAAUGCUCUCAUUAGUCUAGUAGUGCUGACUGUGGAACACUAGAUGGCCUGACUAGAUGUCUUUAUGAAUGUUUUAAUACCUGUGGAACAAGAAGCUGCUUGUCCAGGAACAGUGAUAGUUUUUUAUGAUUGGGACACAAUCAGCAGAUUCUAUAAAUGGACUGUAGGUUGUUCUGCUUGCAGUUUGCAACUUUGUGUGUCUUAGUUUUCUAAUGAGAGGAAUAGCUUCUGUUUCUAAAAUGCAUGGCUUGCUUUGUACUUGGGCUCACCUUGUGAGCCUGCUUGGCUCACAGGAUGCUUCAGAGAGAACUGCAGUAAUGAACAGGUCUUUUACCACUUGGAGAUCUUAAUUUGGAGAUAAAGGUCAGCUCUUAGUAAUUUGCACCAAAACAUUAGGUAGUAGUUGAGGCAAUUCCAGUUUGACAACCUACCACCAGUACACAGAAACUGGAACUUUAGUGUGAGUGGUUUUACCAGCUCCUUCUUAGUGUGGUUUAUCUGUUUGCUGAAGGUUUGGUAUCUGAGUGUGAUAAGUGCCUCACAAAUUCUGUACAUUUCUGACUAGCUCGCUGGGCUUUGAACUAUUAAUUUAUUUGCAUCAAUUAUACUUUUCAAUACCCUAGAGGCUUUGCUGACUAAUGCAAAGACUUAAUAUAGCCAACCAUCCACUGAUUGAGAAAUAGAAGCUGUAUUUCAUCAUCUGCAUCUUUAACUGAGCCUUUGCUGGGCAAUCUGGUUAAUUAUUCCAAUUAAUUUUGGUUAUUUGUAAGCAAAAUUGCUAAAGCAUGAAUACAUAAGCAAAUCUUCACAUCCGCAUGUGAGUCAAGACUGGAGAUUAAAUACCGGUGAUUAUCUAAUGCAAAAUAAAUGUUUUCAUAUUUUUUCCCCAAAAAAGUAUCGAAACACCCCUCUUUUUAUGUCUGCAUAAGUUCUGCUGCUUUUAAGUAUCAGAAUCCGAGACAACAGAGGGAUCCCUGGGUGUGUGUUGUGUUGCAUAAAAAUACUUUGAUUUGCUCUUGAAGCUGUUGUUGAUCUCUACUGGUGCUAAUCUCUAAGGCUUACAGACAGUAAAUAGGUUUGGGGCUCUCAUGUGUGCAAGGUGUCUUUUCUCAUAGCUGGGAAAUUAACUUCCUUUUCCACACCACAAGAGAAGAAUGUGGGAGCCUCCCCGAAAGGGGAAUACAGCAUCAUUAAAAUAAAGAUGUGCCUUUUUAAAUGUAAAUGUACAGCAAAUGCUUAAACUUGAACCAUUUCCUAGUGCCUUGCUGGACAAGAGAGGAGAGGGGAAGGAGUUGGGAGAUAAGGAUGUAAGAGAAAGCUUGACUUGUGCAGUGUUUGUGUGUGUUUUUUUAAAAUGUCUGACUUUCAGUGCAAAAUUUGUGUGAACGACAGUAAUUCAGAAGCUCAUGGGGUUCCUCUGUUAAAUCAGUAUCGUUAAUGACUCAAGGGGAUGUUAUCACUCCUAAUAGGAAGACUUAGAAAGGAUGGCUGCUUCCUCUUGGCACGCUGUAGCAACUGGAGCUAAGCUGGAGGAUGUCUUGGGUUACCUGUUGGAUGUUUCACCUCAUGGUGAAGGCUCAUGAUUUCACUGGCAUGCAGGAUCCUGCAUUUUAUUUUCUAAGUAUGCAAAUCACAAAUAGUCCCAAAAGCAUAUAAAAUCUGUAGCCAGAAGUGUCUUUCAGAAAAAAUCGAUGCCUCCCAUCAGUGGGAAACUUUUUAAAGGGUGUGUUAACAGCUCUAAUACAGAAGUAGCAAGAAAGCAAUUUCUCAUCCUGACUUUCUUCCUGGUUGGUUUUACAGCAGCCUGUGCACAGGGCUUUGCUUUCCUUUACUGGAGAGUUCCAGUCAGCAAACUUUCCUCCUCCCUGCUGCACUGAGAUCAGUAUACUGAGAGUCAAACAGGCACCACCAGCAUUGCAAGAGCACAGUGCUCUGGGGCUGCUGCAGGGCUGUCACAGCAGCUCUGCUGGCUCACAUCACCCUGGGGAGAGAUCUCCUAAAAGCCAUAUUGGGCAAUCGUGGAACUGCUGAUUGAAAAGGGAGAAGAUUAUAUUUUAAAUUGUCUUUCAAAGAUAUGGACAGGCACUUGAAUGGUUUUCAGGCAGUCAACCUGUCAUGCUUCCAGUCAAAAUAGCCCUGGUAAAGCCAUGUCUGAAACAGCCUGGCUCUGCCAGCACAAGCACUGCACGUGUACCUUGCAUCCCACAUCCACUCCCAGCUCCUGUGGUUCAUGGAUAAACUGUGGUUUCACAGGAUACACAGCAAAGGGGAGCUAGCUUGGGAGUCAGGAGCACUGGAUCCUGCUCCCAGGCUCCUGUGGCCUGUUACUUGAUCUUAAGCAGGGAAAUUCUGUGUGCUGCAAUUUCCCAGCUUGUGUGGGAUUUACCUUUAAGUGCUUUAUUUUCUGACCUAAUGAGUGUUGAGUCCAAAUUUUAAAUCAAGCUGCAAGUCCUCACCUGGUUCAAGUGGAGAGGAGAGAUGCGAUGGGUGGAGAAUGGGAAAUGAGACCCAAAAUUUCCAUCAGCAUUCAACACAGACUUGUCAACUCAUUUCAUAUUCCUCAUUAACCAUUCAGAUUGAUUUAUUGACAUCAUAAAUUUAAAGUGUAACUGAAAUUAACUCAAGUCCUGCUCCAAUUGCUCCUUAGUAGUGCCACACUUUAGCUUGGAGGUCUGUAUGGAACUAGGCAAUGACAGAUUAUGGAAAACCUAAUAAAAAGCCUAUGACUGUUUUUGACUCUGCCUCUGCUAGCUGAGUACAGUCCUUUACUUUCUGCAUUUUGAGCUUUCUUGUUGCUUCUGUAUAUUCAAAAGACUUCAAUGAUUCCAGCAGAUGUGAGGGAUUUGGGAGUUUUAUAUAAAGCCACUGGAUCUAUGUGGUCUUAACUAUACUAGUUCAACUCUAGCUGAAAAAAGUCCUAAUCCCAAUUAGUGAGCAAGGAAAUGUGAACUUCAACCACAAAACAAGAUAAAAACUGGUCAAGCUACUAGCCUGAAACCUUAGCCCUUAUGAUAACAACAACAAAUAGCUUUAGCCUCUAGGGUGGAGAAGGGAAUUGGUUUCAAAAUGCAUUCUCCAGGAUCUCAGUGAUUAGGUCUAAGUUUGUCUGUUCCUUGUACUGCAUGCAUUUUCUCUGUAAAACUGGAUGGUGCCUCUUGAAUCAGUGUGUAUUUAUUUUGUGCAUAUUAGGACCAACAGCCUAAUAUCUGGGGGUGGUAAAGGACUUGUAGCACUUUAAUGUAGUAGCUUUCAUAAAUUGGAAAUCAUUGAUAGAAUGCCUAGUGUUUUUAAAGUUGAAUGGACUUCCUUUUAUAAUAUAUUUAAAAUAAAUUUUUAAUGUGUUUUCUGAAA